AAACAGAAACUUCACACAGAGAAGAUGGCCUCUUCGGUGUCGGUCAGCUCUCGCCUCAACAAGGUGGUUCUGCAGCGGUACUUCAGCCUGCCGCAGGAAGGAAAAUCCCAGGUCGCCUACAUCUGGAUCGACGGCACCGGAGAGGGACUUCGAAGCAAGACACGAACUCUGGACAGUGAGCCAAAAAGUGUAGAAGACAUUCCUGAGUGGAACUUUGGCGUUUCUGGUACGUACCAGGCCGAAGGUUCCAACAGUGACAUGUACCUCAUUCCAGUGUGCAUGUUCAGAGAUCCCUUUACACUCGACCCCAACAAACUGGUUCUCUGUGAAGUCCUCAAAUACAACCGCUUACCCGCAGAAACUAACCAUCGCAACAGCUGCAACAAAGUGAUGGAGGCAGUGAAGGAGCAUCGUUUGUGGUUUGGCAUGGAGCAGGAGUACACACUGUUUGGUACAGAUGGACAUCCCUAUGGGUGGCCCGCCAAUGGAUUCCCGGCACCACAAGGUGGGUCAGUGGCCUCUGUGUUUCAAACUUAUCUCUCACUUCGUCAGUCUACAGGAACAUAA